AUGCCUCCUUCUCCUGAUCUCCGCUCGCCGGAGAAAAAUCCGAGCUCCCCUCCAUCGAAAACUCGCGGGCGGACUGGAUUUGUAGGAUCUAUCCACGGCGGCGGCACGUCUCUUUGCCAAAUUGAAGCAUUUCUACCACAGGAUACUUGGGGCGGCGGAGGCGUGAUUUCCAGCGAUCCCGCAUUUCACGCACAACGCGAUGUUGUCUGGUACUACCUUGAAAAGCACAACAUAAGCUAUUUGCUAAAUGAUUCUGAAGCAUUGAAGAAUGUGGUAAGAUAUAGCAGAAAAGAACUCGAGGUAGCCUGUGAAGAUUAUAGCAACAUCAUUGGCUCAUCUCCAGAUAGCCUUGUGUACAAAGGGACAUUGAAAGGUGGGCAUGAAAUUGCUGUGAUAUCCCUUUGCAUCAAAGAAGAGCACUGGACAGGCUACCUCCAACUUUACUUUCAACAAGAGGUGGCUGAUUUGGCGAGAUUAAGUCACGAAAACAUAGGGAAAUUUCUAGGAUAUUGCAGAGAGAGCAAUCCGUUUACGAGGAUGCUGGUAUUUGAAUAUACAUCGAAUGGGACAAUCUACGAGCACCUUCAUUAUGGAGAAGGAUGUCAGUUUUCUUGGACCCGUCGCAUGAAAAUUAUUAUUGGCAUUGCUCGGGGACUGAAGUAUCUUCAUACAGAGCUUGAUCCUCCAUUUACUAUAUCUGAAUUGAACUCUAGCUCAGUUUAUCUGACUGAAGAUUUUUCUUCUAAGCUGGUUGAUUUUGAAUGCUGGAAAACGGUCCUUUCGAUAUCAGAAAAGAGUUCAGACACAAUCAGCAACGAAGGGGCUGUUUGUAUUCUUCCAAAUUCCUUGGAAAGACGCCAUCUCAAUAUCCAAGGGAACAUUUAUGAUUUUGGGAUUCUAUCCUUAGUCGACUAG